AUGGCAACAUGGCUUCCCGAACCAACACCAAACCAAGAUCCACUUUUCCUCGAGACUUCACCGCAAGCACGCCCCUCUUCCCACUACACCACCACCACAGCGUCUGCAUUCCAGGCGCGCUCGAAUUCGCACGAGGAGUCGCAGUCUCAGUCGCGAGAACAGUUCUAUCGCCAUUCGAACCAGCCGCGCGGUCGCCCGACUUCCCGUCCUCGAUCCCGGUCGCGGUCCAAGUCAGGCCGCAAGGGCGGCAGCUCCACCAGCACCAGCGCCAGCGCCGCUCCUAGCAGCAGCGCCGUUUCUUCCGGUCCCGCUGCAGCGUCGGACUUGCGCGAUCUCGGGAACGCAGGCGGUGCGGCUGACAGGGAGCGAGACGCGGGCGACGGCGGUGGAGGCGGAGAGUUAACGAGAGGAAGAAGCGGCGCGAGUGAAGCACUUGCGCGAAGAGGCGGAGGGCUGGUAGGGGGAGAGGGGCGAGAGCGCGCGGCGGGGAGAGAAGCAGGUGGAGGGCAGGGUAGCGGGAGCCGCGGGAGUUACAGGGUCGAGCCGGUGCGCGAUUACGAGGCGGACUGCGAGGUGGUGGUGGAGUGGCGGCGGGGCGAGCGGUGCCGGGAGAGCGUGGCUGUUGGAGUGGGCAGCAUGCGCAAGCAGGCAGCGGGGGCGGGUGACGUGGCGCAGCACGGUGCAGGAGGGGUGAGGCGAUCGUCGGAUGGAGCCAUGGCGGAUCUUGAAAGCAGAUCGCCCAUUCGGACACAGAGACUCAAGGAGACGAUGAGUGACGCAACGCAUCAAGCCAAGCCUCGCUCUGGAUCGGCAUCCGGGCCACUGCCAGCACAUAAGGGGGGGAUCACCAGGGGGCGGUUUCAAGUGAUAGAGGGCGACCAGUCGGACAGCGAGUCCGAUAUGUCGCCAUGGCCUUCCGCCACCACGCCAUCAGGCAAGGCGGAAACUCCCCAGGGCACGCCAACAGCAGCGGCAGCAGGAUCCUCAGGUCCCUUGCUUGGCCCAUCGCCCUUCACUGCUGCUGCAGCAACAGCCGCUUCUGCCGCGCACGCAGCAGCGGCAGCCGCGGCGGCGGCGGGUGCAGGUGGUUCAGGGGGAGGGCCAGCAGCAGCAGGGAAGGGGGUCACGCCAUCAGCGGUGCGGCGCAUAUCCACAGCAGGCAGCGCGUCUUCCUCCUCCAGCCCCUACUACUCGCCCGCCUCGCGCUCCCCCACCGCCCCCCCCAACCCCGCCCCUGCUGACCUACGCCACGGCCCGCUACCUGGCUUUGCAGGCCCCCUGCGCUUUGAGGGUGGCAGUGGCGGGGGGAGUUGGCGGGGCACCGGGGGCAGCAGCGGCAGUGCGAGCGGUGUGGAUGCAGGGCAGAGGAGCACGGGCAGCGGGGGCAGUGGGUUUGAUGGUGGGCAGCAGCGCACUGGCAGCAGUGAGAGCCUGUGCAAGGAGGUGAUGAAACCAGGCAGCAGCGGCGGUGCGCCGGGGAGAGGGGUGGGAGGAGGGGCGUGGGAGAGGGGUUCAGGUGCAGAGGCGGGUGACGGAGGUUAUUCGGGUGAGGGGUAUGCGAGGGGAGAGCAGGAGAGGGGGGUGGAGGAGUGGGCAGGCAAGGAGGGUGUUAGACAGGACGGGUGGGCGGGUGCAAGGGAUGUGAGGGAUGGGAGUGGCAGGGAUGGGGCAGCAGGCAGGGAGGGAGCGGGCCGGGCCAAGGCGCGCAGUGAGCCACUGGUUGGGGAGAAGGCAGCUGCUGCUGCUGGCGUGGGAGGGGCCAGGAGGAGUGCACAUGUGGAUAUGAUGGACAGGAGCCAGCGUGAGGAAGGGCCAGCAGCAGCAGCUGGCAGUGGGAGCGUGCGCAGCAAGGCACCAGGGUCCAUGGUCUCUCGCUCCGCUCCCCUCCCCCACCCUCAAGCACCUGUUGCUGGUGCUGCUGCUGCCUCCAGUGGUACUCCAAAGCGAGGGGCUGUUCCCACGGGCGACGGACAGGACAGGUGGAAAGAGAAGCCUCUGCGUGAAGAGAGAGGGCGCGAGGAAAGAGGGCGUGAGGAGAGGGGCCGGGAGGAGAGGAACCUGGCUGAUAGAGAGGCGGAUGGCAGGAGGGCUGGUGGGGUGGAGAAGGACAGGAAGAGCGGGGGCAGGGAGAGGGAGGCGAGGAAGAGUGAUGACAAGACAAAGGAGAGGACGGGUGAGGAGCGAAGUGAGCAGGGGCGCGGGGGACAAGAGGGCAGACGGAAGGAGGAAAGUGUUGGGAAGGAGAGUGCACGGGCAGGGAGGAGCCGCGAGGAGAGGGGGCGGGAGGGGGAGAAAGGGGUGGAGAAGGGAAGAGAGGAGGAGAAGGGCAGGCAGGAGAGGGAGCGCGGGCAGGCGCAUGGGCGGGGCGUGGGGCGAGUGGGCGUGCAGCGCAGGGGACGAUUCUCCGUCACCACUGAUGAUGUGGACGCCCAGGACGGAGCACCGCCCACGGUCAUGUGUACAUCCAGCAUGCACCGUCCUCACCCUCAGGCGGCGCGUCUGCUUCCCCCAGGCAUGCUCUUUCCACGUGCGCCUCUCGCCAUGCACCCGCCUGCUGUCUGCACUGCACCGCCUCUCCUCCCUGCGCGGCGCAUCUCCACCCAUCAGGCCACCUCCCGGCCGCCUUUACCAGCACCGGCGCCGCUGCUGCCAUCACCCGUUGCAGUGCCGCCAACAUCGCUGCCCGUCCUGCCCGCUGCCCUGGUCGCAGAUGCACUGCUGCUCGUGCCGCACCUGCGCACCCUGCUGCAGCACUCCUGCGAACAGCAGGAGGUGCUAUUCAACCUCAUCAAGGAGCUCGCUGCUGCACACCCAGGUGCCACUCCCCUCCACACCCUGCUGCCACCGCCAUAUCUUCUGUCGCUUCCAUCUAUUCCAUUUCGUUCAUCUCCUCAGAGCAUUGGUGAGCGCGGCACAGCAGCGACCUGUGCUGCUGGCAGGCAUGCAGGUGAAGCUGCCAACGGACAAGGAGCAGGUGCUCAUGCUCAAGAUUGCCGAGAUGCAGUGCAAGGUGGCGAAGCUGAUAGACAAUGUGCUCACAUACCGCAAUCGCAACGCUCAGUUGUUGAAGCAGGUGGAGGUGUUCAAGCAGAGGCAGAAGGAGCGCAGGCGACUCAUGGCCGCAGCAGCUCCACAGGGGCACGCAUGACUGGCAGGGAACGAUUUAAGGGGUAUCAGAAGGUGCUCCUGCUUGCGGUUAUUUCUAAGAGCAUAGCUCGCUUUGACCGUUCGUCGCGUCACUCACGAGUCUACCGCUGGUACGCGCAGCAGCAGGCGGCGGCGAGAAUGGGGAAGAUGGGACCGCCGCCGGCCGGCCGCGAGGACAGCGCGGAGCUUGCGCACGCCGCGGACCACGCGGGGGAGGAUGGAAGCGCGGGCGCCGGCAGGGGCAGCGGAAGGGACGCGGAGACGGCGUCGGGGACUUCGGGUGACGCGCAUACCAGCGGUGCGGAGCUGCGCGUGUUGGAGUUCUACAGCGGUAUCGGCGGACUGCACUACGGGCUGCAGUGUCCCGGCGUGGUGCCAGCGCAUGUGACGGCGCGCGUGGUGGCGGCGUUCGACAUCAACGAGGUCGCCAACGACGUGUACGAGCGCAACUUCCGCCACCGCCCCAAGCAGGGCAACGUGCAGACCAUGUCAGCAGCAGCAUUGGAUGCGUGGCGGGCACACGCGUGGCUCAUGUCGCCGCCCUGCCAGCCGUACACGCGGCAAGGGCUGAAGCGCGACUGUGAGGAUGGGCGGGCGACGUCGUUUCUGGCCAUGCUGCAGCGCCUGCCAGCCAUGCAGCACCCGCCGCUCUUCAUCCUCGUUGAAAACGUCCUUGGCUUCGAGUCAUCGCGCACGCGGCAUGAGCUGGUGCGCGUGCUGACUGGCACCGGCUUCACCUCACUGCACGAGUUCCUGCUCUCGCCCACCGACCUCGCUCUGCCCUACUCGCGACCACGAUACUUCUGCCUUGCCAAGCGCACCACCCCUUUGGCGGCCGCACUCUGCCACUCGCUGCCCGGCCACCCCUCCUCAUCUCUGUCCACUGCUGCUCCCGAGCCUCACACAGGCACCAGUCGGGCCGAGGAGGUCCCAGGGGGGGAUGCGAGCGGGGCAGUGGGUCAGGCAGAGGGGGAGAGGGAGGGAGUGGGGGAAGAGGGGGAGGCAGGGGGAGAGGAGGCGAGGGGCGAUGGUGUGGCAGCAGCGGGAGUGCUGGGGGGGCGCGACCUGCUGUGGCUGUGCCAGGACGUUGCACAAGGGGAGUGGAGAGAGCAGCGGGCAGCACUGCAGGCUGGUUGCAGUGACGACAGUGGCAGCAGCGGUGGUGGGGAUGGUGCGGGGCUCGCCUCUGAGUGUGGGCUUAAGCUGCGGUGCAUUGGGGAUUUCCUUGACUCGCACCCUGAUGCUGCUCAUGGCAGUGAUGAUGACAACACUGGUGCUGAUGACAGCAGUGCUGAUGUUAGUGCUGCUGAUGGCAAUGGUGCGAGCAAGGCGAGUGCGUGCGAGGCAGAGGUGCCAUCAGCGCAGUCCAGUGCAUCGCCAUGGGUGCCCUACUGCGUGCCACAUGACGUGCGCCAGCGAUGGGGGGAGUGCUUUGACAUAGUGACAGCAGCAUCGGUGCGGUGCAACUGUUUCACCAAGAGCUACACCAAGUACGCCAAGGGCACUGGCUCCGUGCUGCUCACUCAGGGAGCAGAGCUUGCAACACGACCUCCAGCAGCAGCAGCAUCAGAAGGCGCAUGUGUGGGUGACAGUGAUCCCACCUCCCAGGCCCUGAGAGAGCAGCCGAGCACAGCAGAGGAGCAGCCGUGUGUGCGCUUCAACGGCAUCCCCCUCACUCACCUGCCACUGCGCUACUUCACACCAAGAGAGGUGGCCAAUCUCCACAACUUCCCACGCACCUUCACCUUCCCGCCGCACGUCACCAUGAAGCAAAGGUACGCGCUACUGGGCAACAGUGUGAGUGUUGCUGUUGUCGCUCAUCUGCUGCGCCACCUCUUCACCAUGCAUUGA